AUGGCAGAUGGCAUGAGGAAUGGCGCAAUGGAACAGCAAACCCGGCCUCGUCGUGGUGUGCUGCCGCCUGGCCUGGUAGAUCUCAUGGGUCCGCCCCUGAAAGUUGGCGCCUUGACUGGUACCAUUGGCAUGUUCAGUGGCAUCGCCGUCGGCAUUAUCCGCGACACCACACCAGCUCUGUUCGCUCUGGCAUCCGGCAUCCAAUGGUUCGCUCUUGGCUCAAGUUAUUGGCUCUCGAGGACAGUGGUGAUGAGCGCGUGGGGUGGUGAAGAGAAGCUCUCCAACUCCUCCAAGGCUCAGGCAAGUGCUAUUGCGGGAGGUACGGCAGGCAUGGUCGGGGGUUUGAUCCGCGGUCCGAAAAACAUCGUGCCCGGCGUUAUAGUCUUCUCGCUUAUUGGAGGAACCGGUCAGGCGUUCUACAAUAGUAUGCAGGGCCGGCCCGAGGUCACCGAAAAGAAGAAGAGUUUCUUCGAUUCGACCUGGAGUCCUCUGAAGAAACUCUCAGAUGACGAGUAUCGUGAGAUGAUCGACGAAAAGAUGCUCAAGAUCGAUGCCGAAAUCGCUCUCAUCGACGAGAAGAUUGUCGAGUUGCGCGCAGCAAAGGAGGCGAACCCCCCGCCGCCUCGCCAGGACGUACCACAACCCCCGGCAUCCAGGAGUUAA